AUGAUACCGUCGCGCAGUUGUGAAGUUAAUCCGAGUGCAAAAAAAACUCAAAUCGAGUGGGAUUCAAAGAAUUCCAACAAUCAUAGAUCGGAGUUGUCUUCGGAAUCAUGUAAAUCGAAUUCAACGACUGAUUUCCCAUCUGACAUUAGCUCUGCCAAUGAAAAUGACAAUGCAAAGGAUGCUGUUAGUGCUUCAUGUAAAAUUAAUAAGACGAGCGACUUGUCAGAAGGGGAAAAAUGUUCAGAAAAGCAUAAUUUGUCUCAGGAAAUUGCCGGAGGAAGUUCCACAAAUGAUGAAACAUUAAAUGAAAGUCGAAAGAAAAUCAAUAACAGCAACUCGACAAAGAAACGUUUUUUUGAUUUGAAAAAAUUUCCCGAUUCAGCAAAGAAAACAUUUUCGAGCAAAUUAAAACUUCCUAAUCGUGUCUCGUUAACUCUCUCGCCCCGUAAAGCUUCAUCGCCCCAUAAUAAAUUAUCGCUAUCACAAUUAGAACAGCAAAACAAUUUAUUCAUUCGUGAUGGGCAGCAACAGAGUAAAAGCAGCAGCGAAGAAUCGACGAUAAGCAAACAAGUCGAACAGCAGACAACAAAAAAGAAUUCAAGUAAUCAGAAGGAAAACGAGGGAAUCGACGGAAUGGAGCAGGCGGGCAAUGUUAAUCCUAAACAAAAACAAGACAAUUUGUUGGGAGCGAAAAGUAAAAAAGCUUCCUCGUCGUUGAUUCCAUCAUUCCUGGGUGGUGGCAGCAGCUCAACGCAAAUAAAAAACGUUAAUCACAUAAAAAUUCCAUCAACGUCUCUUGGAUCAAUCAAAAAAGCUCCAUCAACUCAAAAUGUCGUUGAAAAGUUAACAAAAACUGGAAAUAAAUUCAAAGAACUUUAUCGAGAUUUCCCUUCAACUUCAAGUAAUGAAAAAUCAACUUCAUUGAAGAGAAAUCCACCGCCAUAUCGACCGCCACCCACACCACCAAAUAAAGACAAAAAUCAAUCAAACAAUGAGAAACAAAAGCGUCUCCGUUUCUCGGAAAAUGAGAUGAAGAAUUACGAAGAAAUCGAACCGAUUAUUGAGGUGACUUGUGAAACCAGCAAUAACGAUGAAGGGAGUGAAGAUAACAGCGGAAGGAAAGCAGAAGAACAAAGCAAUGAAGAUGUUGAUGGGAUGAUAUCAAAAGCUGAAUAUUCUUCGAAUGUCUUCAAAAACAUUCCCGUAAGACCACGAAAAGGAAUCGUUUCACAUAUGGAAAAUUAUUGUCUGUUUGAUCCUUCGGUAGAUUUUUGUAACGAGAAAGAAUUAAUGAAGAAAAAACUCAUUGAAUCGAAAAUGUCGGAGGUGAAUCUUGUCAGACAAGCGAACAAACAAUUCCAAUUACUGAAUAGUGAAGAACUUAAGGAUGAGAGAAUUGAAGACGUGACGUUUGAAGAUCAAACUGUCUACGAUGUAUCAGAACUUGAUGAGAGGGAAAAGAUUCUUGCACAUCACAACUAUUACGAAAUCGAUCCGGAUUUGUUGCUUGAAGAAGAUGAGUUUGAAUCGGUAGUCACUGUUGUGCCAGUUGAGCAGUCGAUGAUUGCUAAAGACAAUCAGAGACAGGUUGGAAAUAAGAUGAGAAAAUCGAAGAUUUACUCAAAUACAUUAUCAACAUCAUCAGAAUCAACAUCGACUAGUCAGACAUCCACAAACUCAAGUUCAACUUCGACAAGUUCUGAUUAUCCAUCAUUGUUCAAUUCUGUUAUAGAAACGACGCAUUCAUCAACAGUUGAAUCGACUGAUGACAACGAAUCGAAUGGAUAUGGAAAAGCAGCAAAUGACCGACAAGCACGAGAGAACAGCAGUCAAUGUGUCGACGAAAUCAAUCAAACUGCAGUUGGUAAUGAAAGCUUAAUUACAAUUUCUAAUGUCGUCACAUGUGGUGAAUCUAAUGCAUCAUCGACGGGAGCAACAAAAAAGAAAUCACCACAAUUAAAUCGAAUUAUUCGACCAUCAUCAUCAUCAACACGAAAUCUUUCGUUGUCACAAAAUAAAUCCAAUAAACAACAAACAACAUCAUUAGUGACAAAAACAAAAACGAAUAAAAUUAAUUUUCCAAUUCAAAAUAAAAGUCAACAAUUGGAUCCAUUAAAGUCGAGUCAUUCUUUACCUCAGCUACAGAACAUUAUCGUUCAAAAUCGUUGUCGACAACAGACGAAUAAGAGUGAAUUGAAUUUUGUGAUUGAUAACACGACUACAAUUCAACUUCGUCGUCAGCAUAGUUCACGUCAGGGACGACCGUUAUCGGGGCAUAGCGACGACAGAGACAGCGGCUUUCUCUCGCCUGUUACACCCCCCGAUAAUCAAAACCCAGCACAUAUCACUCCAAAUGUUAUAAUCAAAGAAGCAAAGGAACAAAACACUAAUAAAAGUGAAUCAACGCUUUUAAAUCAAUGCGAUAACAUUCAGCAGCUGAUCGAGGUGAGUAACGAUUGGGAUGGGCUUGUAACACAUUUUAAUGUCAAAACACAUUGUAGAAAGAUGAGAACAAACGUAAAACAUAUUUUGUAUUGUGCAUUUUGUUAG